AUGCAAAGGAGGGUUCAGGGUUGGCCUAAGAAGAGCUUUGUAGAGAAAGAGUUAGUAGUUAAGAUGGAAGAAGAUGCACGAGUGAGACCAUGUUUGAAUAGAGGAAGAGCCACCAUGAUUAAUCUUGUUUCAACUGGAGUCCCAACUCCAAGAAGGCUUGAGGGAAAAUACAAGGCAAUGGUGGUUACUUUGUUUCUUGGUCUGGGGUCCCUUGUCUCAUGGAACAGUAUGCUGGCAAUAGGGGAUUACUACUAUAAUUUGUUCCCAGGUUAUCAUCCUGAGCGUGUCCUCACCAUAGUUUAUCAACCAUUUGCGCUUGGAACAAUGUCAUUCUUUGCUGGUUUGGCUGCAUCUGGAGCUCUCACUUCUGGCUUGAGUACAAUGACAAAAGCAGCUUUCGACAAGUCCAGAAACGGCCUUCGUAAAGGAGUUAGAAAGUAUCAAGUUGCCCUGAUAGCAAUGUACAACGUGUUGGUUCUCAUCGGACGAUACACUCCUCUUGUAGAAAGUAUCAAAUUAGAAUCCCGAAAAGGUCUAUUGAUAGCAUCACUAUUGCGUUUCCUACUUAUUCCCGCAUUCUACUUCACCUCAAAGUACGGUGAUCAGGGAUAUAUAAUACUGCUCGUAUCCUUCUUGGGACUAACAAAUGGCCACCUCAUUGUUGACGUCCUCACAGCAGCUCCUAAAGGUUAUAAGGCACCGGAGCAAAAUGCAUUGGGUAAUCUGCUAGUGCUAUUUCUUCUUUUUGGCAUUUUUUCAGGUGUUGCUCUAGAUUGGUUGUGGAUUAUUGGCAAUGGGAAGUUCUAA